CAGACAGUGUCGAUUUUUUCCAAGGAUUUGUGUGUGUGUGCGGUCGUCAACGAUAAAUGAUAAAUAAUUGAGGUAGAGGGCCGUUUCUGACCGUAUGAUAAAAGCAGCAGCUGACGACACUUCACAAUCACAAAGCGUCGCUCUUGAACUCCCUGCAAUACAGGGACCACCGCCACUACCGAUGAUUUAUAGGGUUGUUCACAAAACACAGUCCUCGACAGCACACUGUUACGUGUUGUUAGACCAUGUCAAGGCUUGGUGUGAUGCACCAUUUUAACAUUCCUACCGCCAUGUCUGACCAGGGAUCCAUCAUGGAUAAUCUGGAUAACCUCUCCUUCGACGAUUUCGACCCCAGCCAGGGGUCGUUGGAUUUCUUUGAUAAUUUCGGCGGCGUGGAUCGGAUGGAGGCGGCGUCGCCGGGUCAGGGGUCAAGGGAGGAUGAUGUCUACGCUCAACUGGAGCAAAAAGAGAAGGAUCUGAUUCUAGCCGCGGAGCUCGGCAAGGCGUUACUGGAGCGUAAUGAAGAGUUAGUCAAGAGGCAAGAUCAGAUGCAACAAGAAUUAGCUGAGAAGAUGGAGGAAUUAGAACAACAGAAGCAUCAUCUGAGAAGACGAAUUGAAAAUGUUCAAGGGGAGUAUGAAAGCAAGCUAUUGGACCUUCAAUCAGAAUUAUCCAGUAUGCACAAGGAAUUGUCCAAUCAGAAGGCUUCACAGAGAGCAAUGGAGAAGGAGAAACAGUCAGUUGUUGAUGAGCUGUCAGAGCAGAAUCAGAGGCUGGUCCAUCAAAUCAAGCAGGCAUCAGAUGUAGAAGAGGAACUGAAUGAGCAUAUACAGAGAUUGCGAGACCAGGUUCAUCUUAGACGUCAACACUCGCAGCAUAGAGAAGACCCACAAGUUGAAGAAUUGCAGAAAGAGAUGCAGCGUCUGUCUGCUAAACGGGGAGAGUUGGAACGUAAACUACACACAACCAGCGCUGAGAGAGAUACAAUGGCAGCCAGUCUCAAAGAAACCAACGAUCGAUGCCUCAUGUUAGAUAAACACAGUAGAGAACUCGAUCAGCAGCUGGGGCUUCGUGAUGCCGAGGUAUCCAAGCUAAGACAGCUCCACAACGACACCGCCGAAGAACUAGAAGAACUCAGAUACCAUUCCACUCUCAACUCGUCCGCUAACGCCGCUGACUUCCUAGGCAACUCCCUCCACUCCGAACUGGGCUUGGAGAUGGGCGUGGCCGGGCAGGGCGAUCCAAAUGAGGAGCAUGGACUUCAAGGAGCGGCAGCUGCUGUGAAUUAUGAAGAUGAGGACAUUGAAUGUGAUGAUGUAGAUACGGGGUUUGUGGAGGAGGAGAAACGGGCGGGGGUGACGGAAAUGAAGGAGUGCGGAACCUCUCCGUUUAGAGAAAGUAAUGCUGCUGGUGAUAAAACGUGCCAAGAUGAGGUGUGUCAUAUGGAGCAUCAACAGUUGCAAGACGUUUUAAAUGAAGUCCAAUCUACCCUUUCUGAACUCGUCCGAGAACUCAAAGCCUUCCAAGCUACACCCAAUCCCAUUGGCUCACCACAGCGUUACCAAAGAACACUAGCCAAUAGGAAGGGCUCACAGGAAAUAGUACGGGUUGGUGCUGCACAUCCAAAGGAGGUCUUGUGUUUACUCAGGGACUUGAGGAGUGUUACCAGACAUAUCACUAGAAAUUUAGAGUUAGACGGAGAGAGUGUAUUUGAUACAUCAAGUGAGACGGAUAUCGACAAACUAGAGAAUCACAUUGAGGCAUUGAGAGGCGAGUUAUGCAGCACUCAAUCUCAUAUUGAGUUAUUACAGGCAGAGGUCGACAGACAAGAUGAGGAACUCAAGAGGAAAGACUCGGAGCUUUGUACACUGACAGCUAAGACCAGACACAGGUUGACCCAGGUUCUGUAUUCAGAGGUUCGGAGUCUUGAGCAUGAGUUACGUCGAGCAUCAUCAUCCUCAUUGGAUGAUUUAGCAACAUGUGAUGACAUCAGUGUCAUGUCUAGUGAAGGUGAUCGGGAGGAUUCAGGAAGCUCUCUAUCCAUCUUUGAUCCCAGGAGGAGAUCCUUGGAUCCUCUCCAUGACAUCUCAUCCGAUGUCAGCCAGGAUGAAAUCAUUGAGAGACUGCAGAGUGAGCGAGAUGAGGCUAUACAAAGACGGACGGCUGCAGAAGAAGAGUUGACUCAAGCUAAGACAGAUAUGAGUAAAUUAGACGAUCAAUUAAUCGGAGCAAUUAAACAGAAGGUCAGCUUAUCACAACAGCUAGAUGAAUGGCAGAUCGAUAUCCACCAGCUUCUGGAUCAACACCUCAAGAAGCAGCUUACCAGGCAAGAGGGAAGGAAAGCAGGGAGCAAGAAAAGCAAGGCAUCACCUCAGAAGAGGUUUCCAUUCUGGAGUUAACAUCGUAUACCUCGGACUAGCCCCUGGGCCCUUCAUAGAGCUGCUUUAAGCACAAAAAGCUAGCUAAGCACAACAAAAAUAA